AUGGGUUUCUGGUCGCGAAAAUCAUCUCCUCCCCCGACAUCUCAACGGGGUGGUGUUAACUCGAAACAUCAACCUGCUCCGAAGAAAACGGCUCCUCCUCCGCCUUCUCCGCCUAAACCUAAAUCCAAAUCAAAACCAAAACCCCGUCCUGGAAGAAUAAUCAUACAUUUCGUUCGUCACGCCGAAGGUUACAACAACCUACGCACGCCCGGUGCAGGGAACCUCACCGAUCCCCUCCUCACCCCCCACGGCAAAUCCCAAUGUCUCACUCUGCGCACGCAAUUUUCCCGUCUCAAACCCCAGCACAUCCUCUGUUCCCCUCUCCGACGCACUCUGCAAACCGCGCUGCUCUCUCUCCCCCGCACCCGCAUCCCCAUUACCGUCGACCCCGAGCUGCGCGAAUACGGCUCCGUGCCCAAUUGUACGGGGACGCCGAUAGGGGAACUGAAGAGGAAGCAUGAGGGUGUGAAGAUGGGGUUUGAGAUUGAUUUUGAGAGGGUGAAUGAGGGGUGGGAGAGGAAUAGGGAGAGGGAUGGGGGGUAUGUGGGAGGGAGAUGGAGGAGGAGUAGGGAGCAGAGGGAGAGGAGUGUGAGGGUUUUAGAGAGGUUGUGGGAGUUGGGGAGGGAGAGGUUGGAGAAGAAGGAGGGGGAUGUGGAGAUUUUGGUUAUUUCGCAUGGAGAGUUUUUGCAUGGGUUGACGGGGGAUUACUGGCACAAUGCCGACAUCAUCUCUCUCACCAUGAUCAAAACUUAUCGAGGCUAUGGAUUUGUUGAUCCGCCAAUUCGGUUUGCGUAUUAUUGA